AUGGACGAGGACAAUUACACAAAACUCAUUGACGCAGUUGGCCGAGGAGACAGCAUCGAGAGCAUGUAUGUAUUAGGCGCUGUUCUCGACAAAGUUGUGGAAUUAUCAAAACAGGAGACAAGCAACGACGUUGAGGUGCUGUCAAGGCUUGUUGAGCAUCAGAGGCUAGUGUAUGAGAAAGCAGUUUCUCUGUACGAAAGCAUUCAACCAGAAGGCAUAGACAUCAGUGCAAUUGCUAACGAGUGUAUAUCCAAGAUCGAUGAACUCAAAGAUGCAAUCAAUGGCUACCAUCUUUCGUUGAAUGCCGCACAGGAAAUGCAAGAUGCAGACCCACUGAAUCAACAAGAACAAUAA